UCAUGACCAUUGCCUUAAACAGAGUAGAGUAGAACAGGUACUGUGAGGAGAAGCAAAACAGGGCAGAAUGGUGAGGUGCUGGAAGCAUUCUGAAGCCGCUCUGGAGGAGCCACAGCGCAUGCAGUGUGAUCCCACGAGCUCCUCCAGGGUUCCUCACAAAGUGCUGUGGUUGAGUCUGGCUGUCAUGCUGCUCAUUGUUAUCAUUGCUCUCGGUGUCACAGCACAUCUAGGGCUUCAGCACAGGACACAAUCUUCAAUGCAGGUCUUCAGAAUCCCUGACCACACAAGUGACUUGAUCAGUCAGUCCACUGUUAUCGACAAGAAUAACAACGUAGUGACCUAUUCUGUGACUUCUCAUGUCAACCACAGCUCCACGGUCAUUUUUGACCUGAGACAUGGCUUGGUUUGCUAUAAACCUGACAACCAGGACAGCUGCUUUCUUCGCCGGAUGGAGAGCUGGGAUUUUGAGAACAUGCAGUCUCAACUGAACGAGUCAGAGCAGCUGGUCCGUCAGGUCUGGGUGGUGGGAAAUCAGACUGAAAAACAUACUGAGUUUUUGGGAGUGAUGCCUGGCAGUCGUGUCGAAGCUUCAAGUCUUCAAGAACCUCUUCAGUCGCUCUGUGAACAGGCCUCUGUCUACUGGACUAGAAAAUCUGAAGGUCCCGGAAAACAAAGACUUAUUUACUUCUGCAUCGACAUCUGCUUCCCCAGCAACAUUUGCGUUUCCGUGUGUUUCUACUACUUGCCAGAGUGACAUUCAA